AUGGGUCAUUUAUCAAAAAAAUAUUGCAUUGCUUUAACAAAAUCUCAUGCUACUGAUGGCACUUUUAUUGCUGAAACUCAGGAUGAAACAAAUUUUGAAAAAGAAACUGAAGGUGCUAAAGAUUUAGAAGUUGAAGAUUGGAAUAAUAAUGAUGAUAGUGAAUGGGAAGAGGAUAUCGAUUUAAAGUUAGCAGAAACUAAUUAUAAAAGGCUUUUAAAUUUAGAAUUA